AAUUGGGAAGUUUGGUACACAUUUUUUGACAGACGGACACCAGUGGGGAUAUCGGAGCAGCAGCAGCAGCAGUGCCAGAGAGUCAUUGAAGAUCAACAAAGAUGUCUUCCAAAUACAUGAUCCUUGUGGCCCUUUUGGGUUUAUCGGCCAUCACCUGUCAUGCCGUCAACAUGCAGAGCAUGAUCGAUGAGGAAAAUGCCAAAUGUGAAAGCGGCACUGACAGCAUGGCUUGUGUGAAGGUGAGAGCUAUGAGGCUUGUGGAUACAGUGAUGACGAAAGAUGAAUUUAAGAUCUCCAAUGUUGAGGUUAAAUCAAAUGGCUAUCAAUCACCCGCCAGUGAAGCUCGUUCCACUGGCAAUUUCUUCGAUGUUGUUGAGAAGUAUUUGCAAGGCCACGACGUUACCAUGGACUUGCCUAUGGCUGAUGCCAAAGUCACUGUCUCAUCCCGUAAUUUGGCCAAUGAUGAAUUAAAUCUCAAUGUCAAAUUUGCGGGAGACGGUGUCGUCGAGGGCAAGGGUAAGAAGGGAGGCCUUUUCAAGAAGGGCAAGAAACAUCGUUUGCGUAAAAUGGCCAUGCCCAUCAUGGUCUUGAUCUUGCUGAAAGCCAUCACCAUUAUUCCCAUGGCCAUAGGUAUUUUGAAAAUUAAGGCCAUGAAUGCCUUGGGCUUGGGUUUCUUCUCAUUCAUUGUCUCGGUUGGUUUGGCCAUUUUCCAAGUUUGCAAAAAGAUCGCCCAUGAACAUCAUUCAGCCCAUAUCACAGCCCAUGGACCUUGGGAUGGUCGUUCGGUCAGUUCUAUUCCUAGUGUAGAGCAAUUCGAAACAAUUCCUGCUGCCCAAAACUUGGCCUACAAUGCUUACAACUACUAAGCAACAGCAGCUAUCAAAGAAAAAACCUAACAACAACAAAAAUCCAACAAAACCAGAAAAAACGCCUCACUCCUUACCCACAAAGUAUGCCCUUCCUACCGGCAAAACCUCUUCCUAAGCAAAGAACAAUCAGUCAUGGUUGUUUUAAGAGGAAGUAAAAACUUUAGAAAGAAGGAAACAAACAAAAGAGGAAAAACUUCCGCAAAAACAACAUGCUGAAAAAAAAGCGAAAAAGGGGAAAAGGGGAAAAAAAUGGAAUUUAACAUAGAAUAUGUUACAAGAUUACAACCGGCUUGUGUUAAUUUGAUGGAUUGCCAAGUUUACACCAUUUGCCAACAGCAACAAGAAUCUUUUGACACAAUUUCCGGUUUCCGCUUGAUUACACCCCCCCUCAUAGCCUUAU